GCAUACAAUUUGCGCAAACGCACGCCGAGGCUCCCCAGCAGUCGCGCGGUGGUGAUGAUGUGCUGAUGCUCCGUGUAUGCCGCAUGUCUUGCGUCGCAUAACACACAUUCAGACGGCAGAGAGUUCGUGGCAGACGGAAUUACCUUUAUAAAUUAUUUGGCAAUCAGUAAAAGCGGCGAAUCCGAGGAAUUUGGGUUCGGGUUCUGAGCACCAUCAUACAUUUCUAUUAGCCUCUUCCAAAUUACUUGAAGUAAUCAUGGGAAAACAGAACAGCAAACUGACCCCCGAGGUGAUGGAGGACCUCGUGAAGAACACCGAAUUUAACGAACACGAGCUCAAGCAGUGGUACAAGGGCUUCCUGAAAGACUGUCCAAGUGGUCGACUGAACCUGGAUGAGUUCCAGCAGCUCUAUGUGAAGUUCUUCCCUUAUGGUGAUGCAUCAAAAUUUGCACAGCAUGCAUUCAGGACCUUUGAUAAGAAUAGCGACGGUACUAUUGACUUCAGAGAGUUCAUCUGUGCCCUGUCCAUCACAUCACGAGGAAGCUUCGAGCAAAAGCUCAACUGGGCCUUCAACAUGUACGACCUGGAUGGAGACGGCAAGAUCACUCGGGUAGAGAUGCUGGAGAUUAUAGAGGCAAUUUAUAAAAUGGUGGGCACGGUGAUCAUGAUGAAGAUGAAUGAGGAUGGUCUGACACCAGAGCAGAGAGUGGAUCGAAUCUUCAGCAAGAUGGAUAAAAACAACGACGACCAAAUCUCACUAGACGAGUUCAAAGAAGCGGCAAAGAGCGACCCGUCCAUCGUUUUGCUGUUGCAAUGCGACAUGCAGAAGUGAGGAUGCUCCGGACUGAAUCCGUUAAUAUCCGUUUCCACUCAUGUCCACGAGAUUAACAUGUUUGGACUACUUUUAAAUGAACUUUCUUCUUGUGAUCAAAACAACAGCUAGUAUGCAUGAGAAUGUGAAAUACUAAGAGUUUAGAGUAUAUACGUUUACUUUCCAACAUGCAACAAUGUGAGACGUAUAAAUCAAACGAGUCCAGUUGUUUUCACGCAUUCAUUGUCAGUGAAGUGAUCCGCCAUAUUUCAUUUCUAGUUGCAAUAUCGCCAGAUCACGCGCACCAUGUUUACUGCAGUAUUUCACGCAGUAGUUUGGGUACCAAAAUCAAAAUGUCACUCUUAAUGUUACGAUGAAAUCAGUCUGUUGAACAUCAAUACUCAAAAUUAAGGAGGCUAGACAGGUUUAUGCGACCCUCCUUCCAAAUGUGCUUGUACUUGAGAAUAUAAAUGUAAGUUAUUUGCAUGCAUGUCCUACUGUAAGUGUAAAAAUCUACUUUCUCUUUCUCUUCAUUUUGGCAACCUUGACAAAUAAUACAAGGGAGGCCGUAUAUAAACGAUAGUAUCAAUAACAAUACUAAUGUGUGAGAUUUACAUUUGUUACUCAAUUAUCCACUAGAUGUCCACCCUUGGGUGCAUGUUUCUUCUUAAAAGGCUUAAAAACAUUGUAUGUUGUAAAUGCUUUCUGCAAGGCACAUGUUACAACCCCAACUCUUGUCUUCGUAAGAAAUUUCACAUUAUUUGGCUAUUAUCGUGACACAAGCACCUAACAUAGAGUCAAACUAAUGCUUUUUUCUCACAUUAAAUGACAUAUUGCUGCUCUAGCACCACAGCUAAAAUGAAAAAAAAAAAAUGAAAAAAACUAUUAUCAUACACCUUUUUGGUUUUUAAAAUUUACAGAUUGUCGUCAUUACAUGCAUGAAUGGUUGCCUGUGAAUUUGUUUGCAGUGAUAAUACAGAAAGGGCAAUAUAAAAAUGUUAAGAUAUUUUCCCUGGAGGGCAUUUGAUAAUUGAUUAGCUUCCCCAUGUAUUACAACAAAGCCGCGAAACGUGUUUGGUACACAUUUAUUCUUGAUGUGCUGCAUUUUUAUUGAUGUGUUUUUUGUAAAAUGAUAUUUCUACUCAAGUUCCAGACAUUUCAAAUUAGAUUUAAUGCCACUGCAUCCCUCCAAAAAUACCUUCUGAAUAGGUUUGAACUUCCUCUCGAAAACGAAACAUCCAGGAUUUUCUGUUUAUCAAAUAUUUAAAAAUAUCUCUCAUGCUUGCCACAUGGCAACAAACCAAAUCCCUCUGGCAUGGAAGAGGCGCAUCUUUGUCAAAUGCAAAGGCCCAAUAUAUAGUGUAUAUCUUUGCCCUGUAAAUAUUUGUACUUAAUAUGGUAAAGCCAAAUAAUUUAUUUGUGUAAUAUGAGGUUUGUGUUUUAUUUGUGGCAUGUCUUCAACUCGGUAUGUAACAGUUGCACUACAUUGUGAUUAAAAUCAAUAAACUAUCUAUGGGUUGUUUUCAGAA